AUGGCGGUGUCAUUUUAUUUUCAAAGUUUCUGUCCACAGUAGAAACCGGACAGUGAUCGACUUUCUGCUCAAACCAUUCUAAGGUGCGGAGAGGUAGGGCAGCAAUGGAUCAACCGAAGAUGGUGCGGAGAGGUAGGGCAGCAGUCGUAGUUCUCGGGGACAUCGGCCGCAGUCCUCGGAUGCAAUAUCACGCUCUUUCUCUAGCUCGCCAGGCUCAUCUAGAGGUGGAUAUUGUUGCAUAUGGAGGUUCAGACCCCCAUUCUGCUGUUUUAGAGCAUCCGUCUAUUCACACUCAUAGAAUGACACAGUGGCCAUCAACCCCUCAAACAUUUUCCAAGAUGCUACAUCCUUUAAUGCUCAUGCUCAAGCCAUUGAUUCAGUUUGUGAUGCUUUUGUGGUAUCUCUUUGUCAAAAUUCCUGCCCCCGACGUAUUCAUAGUGCAGAAUCCUCCAUCUGUUCCUACAUUGGUUGCUGUAAAAUGGGCAAGCUGGUUCAGGCGUUCUGCAUUCGUCAUAGAUUGGCAUAAUUUUGGAUACACCCUCCUUGCAUUGUCUCUUGGCAGAAACAGCCGAUUUGUAACACUUUAUAAUUGGAUCGAAAAGCACUAUGGAAGGAUGGCAAAUGGGUCAUUGUGUGUUACAAAGGCAAUGCAACAUGAAUUGGCGCAAAACUGGAGUAUAAAUGCCAAUGUUCUGUAUGAUCAGUCUCCUGAAUUCUUUCAACCUGCAUCCCUUGAGGAGAAACAUAAGUUGUUAUGUAGGAUUAGUAAAAGCAUACAAGAGCCAUAUGGCCAGAAAGAUUGUCUGAGCUAUGGAAUAUUGGGGACAGACAAUUUUGACUCCGAUAAAACUCCUUUUACAACUCAGACCGAAAACGGUAUAUACUUGAAGCUGAACCGACCAGCUCUCAUUGUCAGCAGUACAAGCUGGACCCCAGAUGAGAAUUUUGAAAUCCUCUUAGAAGCAGCUGUCAUGUAUGAUAGACGAGUUGCUGCAAUUCUAAAUGAGGAUGACUCGCAUGGGGAGGAGCUUGUUUGGCAGGAAAUGAUGCAUGGGAAACAAUUUUUGUACCCAAGGUUGUUAUUCAUAAUUACCGGAAAAGGGCCUGAAAAGGAAAAAUAUGAGCAGAAGAUCAGAAAACUGAAUCUGAAGCGUGUAGCAUUUCGUACAAUGUGGCUUUCGGCAGAGGAUUAUCCAGUGCUUCUUGGAUCAGCUGAUCUUGGUGUUUGCCUUCACACGUCUUCCUCGGGUCUGGAUCUUCCAAUGAAGGUUGUGGAUAUGUUUGGUUGUGGAUUGCCAGUGUGUGCAGUUUCCUACUCUUGUAUUAAGGAGCUUGUAAAAGUGGAGGAGAAUGGACUGCUUUUCUCGUCCUCGUCUGAACUAGCAGAUGAACUUAUGAUGCUAUUCAAGGGCUUCCCAGAGGAAUGCAACAUGUUGAAAUCCUUGAGAGAGGGGGUGUUAGAGACAAGAUGCUGUGCAAAAUGGGAUUCAGGAUGGGAAGAGAAUGCCAUGCCCUUAAUAACCCAAGAAAUCGAUGCAGGUCAUCUCGCAAAGGUUUGGCUGAAAUAUGAGAGGAUGGGAUAGAUAACCUUGGGAGUUGGGACACCUCGGAGCUUCAGAUUAUAUGAGGGUAGUGCAGAACAAGUUGUUAUACUAGGAGUAUGUUUUAUUAACAUUAUUCUAAUUUUGUUUACAAAGAUGUAUUUUAAUCGAAACUUAUUUGUAAGACAAGACUUGCUAAAUGUUGAAUGCAUUGAAACAUGUUGAAUGUAAUCAACUUUCUUGUAUGUCUUGAUUCUUAGAAACCAGCCAAACCACUUAACCGGUUUAAC